AGGGCGGGCUUAGUCGGUCGCCGUGCCUAGUUGGGGAUCCACUUUCCUAGCUAAAUUGAGGUUAAUUCAGUCUGGUGUUAAUCGAGAGUCGAGAAAAGAGAUGGUCACCGGCGUCCUGAUCGCGAUCGCUUUUGCGCUGCUCCUGGCUCGGCUGUUUUGCCGCAAUCCCGAGAACUACCCUCCAGGCCCUUUUCCAUGGCCCAUCGUUGGCAAUCUUUACCUCUUGCGGGACUUGUCUCGGAAACUGAAAGCGCAGCAUUUUGCGCUAUUAAAAUUGUCCCAGCAAUAUGAUAGCCCCGUAAUAUCUCUUCGCUUGGGGGGCAACAAUGUGAUCGCCGUUUCCGGUCUCGAAGGAAUCCACGAGGUUCUCAAUGGCGAAGAAUUCGACGGUCGUCCCUGGAACGAAUUCAUUAAAUUGAGAAACAUGGGCCUCAAGAAAGGCAUAACAAUGGCGGACGGACCAGAAUGGAAGGAAAUUCGAGCCUGGGUAGUGAAGAGCUUGAAGAAUUCCGGCUUCGGUCGUCCUGAGAUGUCCGACAUGAUAAAGUCUGAGCUUGCUCAAACUUUAGAGACCCUAAAAAAGGGCGGAGUGUUUCGACUUAAGCCGAUAGUUGGCGCUGCCGUAAUUAACGUCCUUUGGACGUUCGUCGCGGGGAAAGAAAUAAGUAACACUAUUAACAGAUUCCAGAAUCUGAUGGAGCGACGAGCAGCAAUUUUCGACAUGAGUGGAGGGAUUUUGUCGUCUUUCCCUUGGAUUCGAUAUGUUGCCCCGGAAUGGUCAGGGUAUAAUAUCCUGGUGACCAUGAACAACGAACUGAAGAACGUCAUUGUGGAAACAAUUGAAGACCACAAGAGGAAUUAUGUGGCUGGUAGUGAAGCCGACCUUAUCGACAUGUUCCUGACGGAAAUAUACGCCAGGAAUGGGGAUUCUACUGUAUAUACAGAGGAACAGUUGAUCCUGAUCUUGGUGGACCUCUUCAUCGCGAGCCUCCACACGUCGACCCUCACCCUGGACUUCCUCUUCCUGAACAUGGCGAUGAACCUUGAUCAACAACGUCGCCUCCACCAGGAACUUGACAACGUUCUUGAGAAAGAGUCGCUUCCGGAACUCUCCGAUAGACCUAAACUUCCUUAUAUCGAAGCCGUCUUGGCAGAGUCUCAGAGAAUUUCUCUGGUCGUUCCGAUAAUCGGUCCCAGGAGAGUCCUUAAGGAUACGAAACUCUUGGGAUACUCCAUACCGAAGGACACUUCUGUUCUGAUUAACAUUUUCAGCAUCCACAUGGACCCGACGCUCUUUCCGGAACCGGAAGUGUUUAAACCGGAAAGAUUUCUCAAGAAUGGGGCCUAUCAACCUGACGAUAAUAUCAUGCCCUUCGGAAAAGGGAAAAGACGAUGCCCGGGAGAGGCUCUUGCCAGGGCGGCAUUGUUUCUGAUCUUCGCCGGCAUCAUGCAGCGAUUUGAAAUUCGUCCUGUGCCAGGAAAGGAACCUUUGACAAGGGAAAUCAUUCCUGGCAUCACGUUAUCUCCUAAACCUUACGAAGUCCUCCUGGUGCCACGACACACCUCCUAGAAGACGACGCAUCGAGAACAAAGGAAGGCCUUAGUUUAAUAAAACCUAAGCUAAAGUGCAUUUACUUCCGUUUACAUAGGUCGUUAUUAAUUACUUAGAUAAUAAUUACAAUUAUCGGUUCGUUAAAGUAGUAGACAAGCUCUUUAGAGCGCAUUUUCUCGUAACAAUCGCCCGCUUAUCAUUGUCCUUACGUGAUCACUCCACUCGUUACGUAUACUCCUUUGAAUAAUGAACAACGCGAUUUGCAAUUCA